UGUAUGCUUACUUUUAGGCUAGAUAGUGAUGUGUAUUGUUUAAGCUAUUCUGAUGUAUAUUUAUUUAUAUUUAUAUUUAUUUAUUUUUAGCUAUACCUACUUAUAAUAAUACUGUAUAACAGGUCAAAUUCUGUACAUUUUUAAGAAAUUAAAUAUCACGUGUCUCAAACGGUGAGGGAAAAACAUCGCGAGGCAACCUGCACACCUGAGAAUUUUCUUAAUUCUCUGCAAGAACGCAAGCGAAGCCAAUCCUACUAAUAUUAUAAACGCGAAAGUUUGUAUGGAUGUUUGUAUGAAUGUUUUUUUGGUGUUUGUUACUCUUUAACGCCGCAACUACUGAACCGACUUGGCUGAAAUUUGGAAUGGAAAUAGAUUUUUUUUUUUAUUCUUUACAAGUUAGCCCUUGACUACAAUCUCACCUGAUGGUAAGUGAUGAUGCAGUCUAAGAUGGAAACGGGCUAACUUGUUAAGAGGAGAAUGAAAAUCCACACUCCUUUCGGUUUCUACACGACAUCGUACCGAAACGCUAAAUCGCUUGGCGGUACGUUUUUGUCGGUAUGGUGGUAACUAGCUACGGCCUAAGCCUCCCACCAGCCAGACCUAGACCAAUUAAGAAAACCUCAAUCAGCCCAGCUGGGGAUCGAACACUGGACCUCCGUCUUGUAAAUCCACCGCGCAUUCCACUGCGCCACGGAGGUCGUCAAAAUCGUCGAUUUCACUCUCCAGAGUAGAGUGUGUUAAUCCAUUAACACAUAGACUACUUUUCAUCCUGGAAAAUCCAUAGUUCCCAAGGGAUUUCCCAAAAACUCAAUUUCAUGCGGGCGAAGUCGCGAAGCCUUAUAUUUUUAACUAACUUUACUUACUGGUCAACUUUUUUCUAUUUCAAUUAUAAAAAAAACUAAAUGUCUUUGAAGAAACCGCUGUAUCAGAUAAAGCUUUGCCAGAGAGUAGAGAUACUAUCAGGAUUGUUCGCAGCGGUCGCAAGACGCCUCGUUCAGUGUUGCCAGUAUGUGGUGCGAUAUUUUCCAACGAUUUCGUAGAGCCCAGGCAUAAAGAGCAACUAAAAGUAACUAUUCAGCGAAGUGAAGUCAAGUCAAGUCAAGUCAAAAUUCAUCUAUUUCAAAUAGGCUUAGUUUACAAGCUCUUUCGAAACGUCAGGUAAUAAUAUUAAAUUUAAGGUAAUGGUGAUAAUAAUUAUUCGAAAACUUAAAAUUAAAGUUACGAGGGUUCCAAACGCGCCUUGGUCCGAAAAGAGCCCACAACAAACUUAGCCAGGUUUAUCCUUUUUUAGUUUAUCACCAUUUAACAAUAUAAUAUAAGUAUAUAAGUAGCCUGUCAUGUAAUACAUUUCAUUUCCAAGCAAUUUGUCGUUUACGUAAUCAUUGACACUUACGACUUUUCUAUAAGCUUAAGUUUUCAUUAAACUAUUGAGAUACUCCGCACCACGAAAAAAGUCCCAUAGACGGCGCUUUUGACGCGCAUUGUCAUUUGGUAAUGGCGGUCUUGUCAUUUGUUUAAGGCGCUGUCAAUUUUAGUUCAGGUUUUAGUCGCGGGACUUCUUUCGUGGCGCGGAGUCUAGUAUUAAUUCCUCGAACAGUGCUUUUGGAUAAAUAAUUGUGUUUUACGUUAACGCGCAGUCCGUGAAUAGUCACUUAACAUCAGGUGCAAGUGCAGUCAAGCGUUAAGUUUCGUGGAAAAAUUUCGUGCAAUAAAUGUUUUUGUCAAGUGAACUCUUUAUAAAAUACUAGUUGACGCCGCGCGGUUUCACCCGCGUGGUAUAAGGCUGUAGGUUAUUAUCCCCGUAUUCCUACUGGAACGGUAAAUAGCCUAUAGCCUUCCUCGAAUAAUGGGCUAUCUAACACUGAAAUAUUUUUUCAAAUCGGACCAGUAGUUCCUGUGAUUAGCGCAUUCAAUCAAACAAACAAACUCUUCAUCUUUAUAAUAUUAGUAUAGAUUUAAAUUGUUACUUUUAAGAUAAAAACAUUGACGAGCGAUAAGGCUAAGCGAUAAGGCCGCCUUUUUUAUUCUACUUUUUCUUAUGUUUAUGUUUUGCUUGUUUUCUUUUAUUUAUUGUGGUGUACAAACAAAGAGUAUUAAAUAAAUAAAAUAAAUAAAUAAAUUUUUGUUACUCGUGAAAUAAAAACGACUGACAACACGGUUAAUUUUUUAAUACAUUAAGGUUUAUUUUCAUCCAAAUCGAUGUAGCUGGUAGUCGUGAGUCCAAUAAGUUCCGACACGUUUGCCCACGCGUGGGCAUCUAUCACGGUCAUCAGUUCGGACUGUAUGUAUGCCACUUGCACUAGAAAAUGAAAACACCCAUUCUUCAUUAUCAGCCUCCGUGGCGCAGUGGUAUGCGCGAUAGGAUUUACAAUUCGGAAGUCCUGGGUUCGAUCCCCGGCUGGGCCGAUUGUGGUUUUCUUAAUCGGUCCAGGUCUGGCUGGUGGAAGGCCGUGGCUAGUUACCACCCUACCGACAAAGACCUACCGCUAAGCAAUUUAGCGUUCCGGUACGAUGUCGAUUAGAAACCGAAAGGGGUGUAGAUUUUCACCCAACAAGGUCUAACUUGUAAUGAAUAAAAAAAUAAAGCCUAUUUUAACGGCCCACUACUGAGCGGAGCCUUCUUUCUUUAUAGGAGAGAGGAUAUGAAGCUUAGACCCACCCUGCUGUUAUAAAGUGGGUAGGCGGGCUUAGCGUGAUAAUGACUCAUUAUCGACCACUAUCAGAUGCGGGGCUGACGGAUUAACGUGUUCGCCGAGGCACGGGGUGUAACUUAGCCAACUUCCCAGCUGUUAAGUCAACUGAAAAAUUCUUAGAACUCAGUAUCCAGAUUUCGAACCCAGGACCUCGUAACCCGAAACUACAAAAUCGACCACUGGACCAGGGAGGCAUUAUGGUAGUUCACUCAUAUCAAAUAUAAUAUAGACAAUAUGAAUUUCGAAUCGUAGAUGGUAUAAGGGUCCGAAAUAUAUCAAUAUCAAUUAAUAAAAGUUAAGGAUUUCAUAAAAAAAACAUAAUCUAUAAAUCAUGUAUUUUUUAAAAUUUUCCAAACGUCAAAAACGCUGUUGUCCAUUUUGUGACGUCACAGUGUAGUGCACUUCAUGUACUAAACAUCUAAAAUAAAAAAUGAAGUAUUAAUUAAUAUUUUUACUUAAUUUUGUCGUUUUGUCAAAUAAAUAUUUAAAAAUUGAAAUUUCCAUGUCACGUCUCAAAAAAAUAUGAUAAAUUAUUAUUUCAAUCUAGUAGAACGUUAAUGAACAAUUUAAGACCGUUAAAAAAAAGUGUCAACUGGCCUAUUCUAACCCAUUUUUAUUUCGCUCUAAAUACGUGAAAUUAACAAUAUUGUGGUAAAUACUCCCGAUGGUUACCACUUAAUUCUAUAGUUUUACUUUUAUAAUAAAAUCUGAAUUUCACGGGGACAAAAACGCAGGCGUCCGCUAAUUAUUUUGUUACCUCUCAUUUCAUUGAGAUUGUCGUGAAUUUUCCUUAAAUCUUGCAACUUCGCUUCUAUCUCUCGAAUCAUAUCAGUAACCUCUUUAUCGUCCAUAUUAAAUGCUUAGAAAUCUACAAGAAUAACUAAUUCAGGAAAUCAGGGUCUAAAGUGCUCAGAAUAAUAUUAACUGUUAUUCUCUUAUAGUAAUAUUUAGGUAUGAUACUCAAGCACGCCUUCGUGUAAUUUUUUUAACAAUAUUAUUAUUUAAAAUCGGCAAAGAUCGGUAAUCAUACAGCUUAUGUCAUGUAAGAAUUAUGCUAAGAAAACGCAUAGUUUUGUAUGAAUAUAAUCUGUGCAAAGCCAAAAAGAAGAUAAAAAAAAUGUGUGAAUAUUAAUUUUUUUUUGUUUUUUUAAUACUUUUAGCAAUUAUAAUAUUAUCUAUUAUUAUUAAACCAAAAUCAAGUUCUAAGUAUUAGAGUGUGUUACUAAAAAUCAAUAAAGAUACAGCCUCGUCAUUAAAAAAAUAAAAUGUUAUUCAAGAAAAAUUAAAACAAGAUCUAUUUAAUUUGACGUGAAUGCUUCAAAUAAGAACAAAAAUUUAAAAUUAAAAAUUACACGUGGUCAAGAAUUUGUCGAAGUUAAUGAGUACGAAACAAUAUAAAUUGUAUUUAACACAAAUUUCGACAAAAGAAUAUAUAAAAUUUAAAUUUGUUGCGCGUUGUUUGAUCUGCCUAUCCACCCGUGCUGUAAACAGAGCAUCAAAAUAAAACAACAGCUCAGCAUUUUUUUAAACGGAACUAGGUCAACGAAACUGCAAUUACCAGCAAACAGCCCAAAAGUCAAUCAAAAAUCGUAUUUAAUCUGCAUCCCAAUAAAUCAGUUCGUAGAACAAUGGUGCCAAUCAUUGCGUUACUAAAUCUGUUUUUGGAUUGGUUUUGGUAUGCGGCGUCACUGAGUGAAUGUCAUUGGAUUUAUAAAUACAAUCAGCUCCAGAAAUAGGUGGCUACAGGUUUUCCAGGCGUGCCGACCAAAAUAAAAUAGCCUGGAUUCGGUUAACAAUAAUAUUGUCUUAUUGUCUGCCGUGCGUUCGCGCUUAGCGCAUUAUAUUCUAUAUUUCGUUGUAAAACGUUAUUUUUUUAUCAAUCAUGGACGACGAUGACACACAACAGUUUUCUUUACGCUGGCACAACCACCAGACGAGUGUUGUCGGCGCUCUGGGUCGGAUGCUGGCGACGGGCGCGUUGAGUGACGUCACACUGAGUGCGAGCGGCGCCUCGCUUCGUGCUCAUAGACUCGUGCUGGCAGCUUGCAGUCAGUACUUUGCGCAACUGUUUAAGGAAAUAGACACAGACAACAACACCGUAGUGGUGGUGCUGGGUUGCGAUGCGGCGGAGCUACGGCUACUGCUCACGUUCAUGUACACCGGCGAGGUGACUGCGUCGAGAGAGUGUCUGCCCGCUCUGCUGCGGCUCGCUCACACGCUACAAGUGUCCGGUCUGACAGACGCUGAUACGAACCCAAAUCUACCUCAAAACAUGCCGGAACAAAAUGAACCAGAAUCGCCAAUCAAAUUGGAAAAAUCAAACGUUUCCCCAAAUUGUUUAAAUGAAAUUAUCGAUCCAGAAAUUAACAGACCGUUGCGUGAAACACACGAAGAGACAGAAUUUCUUAAUGAAUUAGCGAGUAGAAACGAAAAGGAUAAAUUGAGCAAACUGGAUCAAAUAGUGCAGAAUUUGUACACAACUCACCGAGUGGGGAAUUUCAUGUCGACAGUGACAACACCGAGCUUACCGCCGGUACCUAGUUUAGGAGAGCCCCCGGACGCGGCGCGGUGGCGCGCGGGCGGCUCGGUGUGCCCCGUGUGCGGCAAGCGGCUGAGCAACCAGUACAACCUGCGCGUGCACCUGGAGACGCACGCCGGCCGCCGCCACGCGUGCCGCGCCUGCAGCCACGUGUCGCGCUCGCGGGACGCGCUGCGCAAGCACGUGGCCUACCGACACCACCACGCGUGACCGCUGCCUGCAGCCACGUGUCGUACCGGCACCACAACGUGUGACCGCUGCGUGCAGCCACGUGUCGUACCGGCACCACAACGUGUGACCUCCGAUGUUCACUAAAGACUGCGUCAUAAAAUCAUAAUCGGUCCUAGUUAUAUUCAUUCAGUCCAGAUUACCGAGCAUUGAAAUUUAGAUUAAAAGGGACGGGACGCUGGACAAAAGUGAUAACUUAAACAAAUUGCUGUAAAUAAUUGAAUGUAAUAUUAAUUAUUGAAUUUAAUUAAGAAUCCUCUGUUGUCGGAGAGGUGUGAAGAACAUUUAAGACAGCAGUAACAUACUGACUUUUAAAAUAGUCUGUGGUCGUAUUAUCACUCCGAAGUUCGCUCUGUCAAGUGCAAGUGUCAAAGGCGCCAACGUCAGCUGUAACGCAUUACGUCACCAAGCAGUUUACCCUCACUUCAUAAGUGUUCAAUUCUGUUGAUAAAAGAGAAACCCGGUUUACAGGUACUUCUUUACGGACGCUUGGCUUGGGAGUAAGUUGGUGAAAAUUCAUCCAAUCCAUCUACAGGCAUAGCAACACUGUAUUUGUUAUUUUAAACUACCAAUAGAUGGCGUUAUUAGACAACUUUGAAACAAUCCCUUUUUGUACGUCAUAAACCUCUUGCAGUCAUGUAUUAUGUAGACGUAUUUACAGCACACUCGUUAAUUUUGUUAUAAUUUAACUCAAAAAGUACUCAACCGAUUUUAAAAAUUCUUUCACCAUCAGAAAGCCAAGGUGUCACCGAGUAACAUAGACAAUAUUUUAUCCCCGUAUUCCCAAGGGAAUCAUCAUCCCCUGUGGGGGUUAAAGUUAAAAAAGUGGUGUAAAUAAGUUAUCUCAGACAGUGGCAUUACCUCAAUUGUUUAAUAUUAAAUUAUGUGUAGGAAUGUUUCCUUAUAUGUUUGUUCUGUUACCCAAAUGUUGAAAACUUACUAUUUAAAUAUAAAAUAGGUGCCUUCAAAAAUAAACUAAAACCUUUGUAGAGGCGAAUUUAAUUUUAAAGGCAUCUAUUUUAAAAAACACCUAAUUAUUAUAAAAUUUAAUUUUUAUUUAAUUAAUAAGUACAAUAUUCUAGUCAUAUAUUAUUUUUAAGAUUUCAAAACGAAAAGACAAAAGCAAAUAAAAGACUUGAUUUGAAUAACAAACUUUUUGGUUUUGUUUUUUAUUUUAUUUUAGCAAACGGCCGCGACACUAUUCGCGUAAAGUUCUGAUUUUUACAAAUCUCGCGGGAACCAUGGAUUUUCCGGAUCAAAUUUCAUCCGACCCGGUUUAAAAUGUAACUCACAGACAUACUAUCGCAUUUAUAAAAUUAGUAUGAAUCCCUUUAGUAAGUAAAAUCGACUGAUCUAUGCCUAAAAGGUAGUCUGUUUUUGUAGUCGGGUAGUCAAUAAAACUACAAAAUACAAGUGUACACAAUGUAUUUAUCUCUUAAACGACUAUCAUUUUAGUAGAAACCAUGUAAAAAAAGUAAUCCACAAAAUCCAUUAGAAAAAUUAGGUCGUACAAAAAUACUGACUCCGAAGUUACAAUGUUGUUCUUAGCGCACUACGAAUUGAGUGACAAGCAUAAGAAUAACUAAAAAUUAUUGAUUUUUUACAGUAUAAUAGUUAAAGGCAACUAGCCACGACCGAAGCCUGCAUUGUAAUAUGAUAUAUGUUGAUGUGUAAUAAAUACCUAUUGGACUUAUGAUUUAAAAAAAAAUCUACAAAUAAAUAAAAAUUCUCUACUUUCACAUGAUUUUGGAUGUAGUAGUAAUACAACAAGCAUAAAGGUGUUUGUGUGUGUGUAAACUAAAGGAACGUCAGCAUAACAGAAAACGAUUGUUUACUUUAAUACAAGGAGUGUGACAUCGAAACCAGUGUACCUACCAAAACACCGUUGCUUAGCAACCACUGAUAAAUAAUAAUAUAUGUUUCUGUUUUGUUGACUCUUCAGUUACACACCCAAACGCGCCUGACUGUACUUUACCACCUCAAACACAACCUAUUGUAAAUAUGACUCAGUUACUCUUAUUUAUAGUUAUUCUUAUGCUUUAGAGUUAUAGUAAUAGGACAAGCUUAAAUGCGUUUCACACAAUAGCCACAGACUAAAGAUAAAAGAUAGAUGGGCACUUGUAUUCAUAAAAAUAAAGUUUUACUUUUCCAGUUUCGACACAAAAAAAAUAGAAGAAAAUAUUAUUUAUUAUAUUUAUUA